CCCCAUGGUGCUGUGCGGCCCCCUGUGGGACUCUGCGCCUGCGCGCUGUGCGUUGCUAUGGCGACGGGAAUGGGGCCUGCGGCCUGCUCCGGGCCUACCGCCCGGUGGGAGCCCUGCGCUGUUUCCGUUUCCAGCUCCGUUCGGGAGAUUCACCCACGUACCGAAACACACCAAAAAUUAGGGUUACAAAGACGGGAAAGGGACUGAGGGCACGGCUGUGAGGAACACUGAGGCCCUGCAGUGUGUUGGGCCCCGAGCAGAGGAGAGGGAAGGCCUCAUGGUGGCUGCAGUUCCUCACAGUUCACAUUGAGCAAUUGGAGCGGCAGCGAAGCUCUAUGAGGGUCGAUAUUGCAGCGGGAGAGCGGUGAGAUCGUGUCACCAUCCCCAGGCCGUGGGCUGUGUGAAAGCGUGGAUGCGGUGGCCCUGCCACUCAGCUGGGAACAUUGUCCCCAUGGACUUUGAGCGCUUUGGGAGUGGCUGGCGGAGCCCUGUGUCGCUUCUGCCCCAACAGCACCAGUGAGAACCAGAGCAGUUCCGCGACCCCAUAGGGGCACCGCAGCUCACUUGUGACGCCGGUGACUCAGCAGUGACCCAGCAGGACUGGAAGGAUUGGGGACCUGUGCUGGUGGCCUGGGGCAGAAGGGGACCAGGUGGUGACAGAUCCCAAGGAGCAGGCAGAGGGGUGCCACCUGCCUCACCCCAACAGUGCAUCCAGCAUCUGUCCUGACUCUGCUAGCACCCUGACGAGGCGUGGCACCGCAAUGUCCCAGGCAGAAGCAGGUGAGGAGGAUUUUGAAUGCUGUGAUGUUGUCAUUAACAGCCAGGAGAAGGUUUCAGAUGUGUACAUACAGCUGGAGAAGCUCGGAGAGGGCAAGUUUGGGACGGUGUACCGACUGCAGGAGAAAGCCACCGGCAAGAUCCGUGCUGGGAAGUUCUUCCGGACGCGAACAGCCAAGGAGAAGCAGGCGGCUCGGGCUGAGGUGGAGCUGAUGAAUCUGCUGCAUCACCCACGCCUUGUGCAGUGCCUCGCUGCCUUCCAGGGUCCUACGGAGCUGGUGAUGGUCCUGGAGUACGUGGCCGGUGGGGAGCUCUUUGAGCGCAUUGUGGAUGAUGACUUUGAGCACACGGAGCCCAGCAGCACCCAGUACAUGCGGCAGAUCCUGGAGGGGCUGCAGUACAUGCACAGCCAGGCUGUUGUCCACCUUGACCUCAAACCUGAGAACAUCGUCUGCGUCAGCCCGGGCAGCCACUGGCUCAAGAUCAUCGACUUUGGCCUGGCACGGAAGCUGGCUCCGGACACCCCUGUGAAGGUGCUGCAUGGAACACCUGAGUUCAUGGCUCCAGAAGUGGUCUCCUUUGAGCCUGUGGGGCUUGCCACAGACAUGUGGAGCGUCGGUGUCAUCUGUUAUAUCCUGCUGAGUGGGGAGUCCCCCUUCCAGGGGGACAAUGAUAUGGAGACACUGAGCAACAUCACAGCUGCCCAGUGGGAAUUUGAGGAGGAGAUCUUCUCAGACAUCUCCCAGCAGGCCAAGGACUUCAUCAGCCAACUGCUGCGGAAGGAUCCUCGCUGCCGGCUCUCCAGCUCAGGGGCUCUCCAGCACCCCUGGCUACAGCAGCCCCUGCCCAGAAGCUCGAAGGUGCUGCCAAAGGAACGGAUCAAGCAGUUCCUGACCCGUCGGAAGUGGCAGAAAACAGGCAAAGCCCUGCUGGCCAUCAACAGGCUCACGCUGCUGUCCCAGAACCAGGACAGGAGAGCAUCAGAGACCCAGGAUGAGGAAGACUCAUGCUGCAGUGCAGAGGAGGACCAAGCUUGCGCAUCUCUGCCCCAGAGAGGUCCUAGCUUCUCAGAGCCACCAAUGGGCAUGGAGGAGGAGGACGAUGGGAGCACAGAAGCUGCAGGCAAGGCCUAGAGCAGUGCUGCUGUGCUGCCCUGGGGCACAGAGAGCUGGUGAGGGGGAGAAAAGUCACCAGGACAAAGCCUUCUCUAGGCCUGCAGUUCGUACCACGACCUGGCCAGACUGUGGUGGGUGCCCCUGCGCUGGUGUGGGGACAGUUGUGUCUUUCAUCCCCAGCAUGGAACUAGUGCUCCUGUCUGUAUGGCUGCCUGGGCUGGGGCUGCAGCCUGGCUCUUCUUGCUGCAUGUUUUGUGAAGCCAAUAAAGCACUGAGGAUCUCUUGCUCCCUGUGCUGCUCCUUUUCUCCCCAGAUCACUGGGCAGGGUGGGGAGGAGCUGCUCAAGCUGUUUCAACCCAUGGAGGGCUGGUACUAGUCUCAUCACCUGGUGCUACGCUGGCCUCCAGGAAGGAG